CUUGUCCUCUCCUGGGUCGUUAGAAUGGACCAGGCAGAUCUCUCUCAAUUACGCACUGAAUUCACAAAGUUGGCCAAUGACCUGGCCAGCUCCCGGCUGCGCGGAACCGACUUGGAAGAUUUGAAGCUUCCAGAGGACUCUGAACUCAGACUUCGCCUCAAAAAAAGAGAUAAAUUUAUGGCAAAAGCCAAGGCGUUCUUGGACAGUUGCGACAGAUUCUUGCAGCCUCUCUCCAACAUGAGUCCGAUUGCAGCUUCCUUGUAUGGCGGUCUGAUGUGUAUCGUCACAAUAGCUGCUGCCAAAGCGGAGAUCCUAGACGAGGUUAUUUACGGUUUAAACGUAGUCUUGGAUGGUCUCCCCCUAAUCAUCCGAUCCGAGCGGAUGACGAACUUUUCCGACGAAGAACGUCGCGCAAUCAUCUCGGCUUUCAAAGUGUUUGUCGCCUUCAUGCAAAUUCUGAGGGGCUAUGUAGGCGAGAAACACGAGUCAGUUAUAACAAAGUUCAAGAGGAUUGCCGGAUCUCAGAAUAUACCAGGCAAGCUUCGGGCUGCAAGAGAAGAGAUGCGAACGGCCCUUAAUUCGGCACACUACGGAACUUUCGUCGCUUAUGCGGAGGAUGAGCAACAAAAGUAUAUUUCGGACCGAAUAGAAAAUGUGAAACGCGUCCUUCAUUGCACAAAUUACGAAGAUCACCUUGACCUGUAUCUGAAUAAAUCACGGUGCAUUGAAAAUCCCUGCGCCUGGAGCAAAUCCCACCCAUCCAUUGUAGAUUGGCUAUCGACGGAAACGUCUCCGAAGUUGUUUAUUUCGGGGAAGCCAGGCACAGGAAAAUCCGUCUUGGCAGCUCAUAUGAUUGACAUAGCUCAGAAGAAGAAGAAGGAUGCUGGUCACCGCGGAGCGUUGCUUUACUAUUUCUGUGGAGCGGAUCCCGCAGCGGAUCAGUAUUCCAAUGCACAACAAGAGGCUUCAUCGAAAGCCAUCCUAAUGACUUUAUUGCGGCAAAUUGUGUCGGCAUGCCACCACAGCACGGUAGGUCUUAGCGAGGUGCUGAAGUAUGUGCUGGCCUCUGGACAAGGCAUGCUUUCAGAGCCGGGGCUGCGGACACGGGUUGCAAAUUUACUGGAAUCAUUCGACACGGUUAGUAUCAUCAUUGACGCCGUAGAUCAUUGCGGAAAACGCGCAUUUCAGCAGGACGGAUUGAUCCCAUGGAUACUGAACAUGACUGCGCGUGCGCGUAUCCUUCUUAUUGGAUGCCCACAUCCGUAUGUAACCAGUUUGCUCGCUGGGCUGCCCACGAUAGCUCUGGGAAGUGACGGCACUACACAAUCCGAUCUUGAGGCAUAUGCGCAUCAUGUCGUUCAAAUUUACAUAGGGUCAGAUGAUCCUGAUGAGCCUCAUCUCGUCCAAAAUCUCGUCAGGCGAUCCGAGAAUAUGUUCCAGUACAUAUUCUUAGUGAAGAACAUGUCACACUAUCCUCGUCUGUACAAUCGAGAGAGACGGUUCCAGUUCCUGAACGACACUCCGUCAGGCAUCUUCGGAAUGUACAAGUACUAUCUAGCUGUCCAGCUUCAGCGAUUCUCCGACUCUGACCAGACGCAACUUGAACGUGUCCUGGAGAUCCUUUUGCAGCUCCUCACGUUUUCUCCAAGUCCCGUCACUCCAUUAAUUUUCCUGCAGGCGUUGCAGUCAUGUCCUUCAAUCCAAAGGCUGGAACUUAACCCGGAAACAGACGAUCUUGCUAUUGGUCUCGCACGGAACGUUGCAGGCAUUCUAUUCGAUGUUCGAGUGACUUCCACAGGAGUACAACAUUUGGUCCCAGUCCAUAGUACACUUUCCGAGUAUUUUCUCGUCUCUGGUGGCAAUGAGAGAUACAGUACAGGUGAUAUUAGCCUAGCCACACAGGAGGCGCUAGUAUCGCUACACAACGCUGUUAGAGAGACAGGUCCGGAAUCCCUGCUCGAGCUUUGCUGCAACGGGCUUCGGCAUCAAGAUUUUAACCGAUUUAUCCACCGAUAUCAGUACGCUGCUGAUUUUUGUCGCCGAAGUCUCAGUGAUACUUCAACUAGAGAUGUUCGGCCCAAUACAUCUCGACAGGAAAGCGAUUGUGAAAGACUCCAAGCGCAGCUUUGGCGAGAUUCCGCGUUUUCGAUUUGCGACUCGCUGGCGCUUGAACGAAGCUGGAUGGACCGGCAGUGGGACUCCCUAAAAGAAGAUGGGGAAUGGUUCAGGGAGCAUUCUAGUAUUAUGGAGGAUUACGGGUCGCUAGAUGAAGAGACUUUGGCGCCGUCUCUCCGCCUCGAAAUUUCACGAUGGCGCAAUGUCGUUUUUCCUCGUAUGAAAGAGCAAUUGGAGCUCAGGCAAAAUGCACUAUCGGAGCUGCAAACCGGACAUUUGAGUGCGUAUGCGUUUAGGAACACGAUCUUCUAUCUACAUCUGCAUCUGAUGAAUCAGAAAACAACAAGCCACUAUCCAAGUUCUCCCUCAUUCGAAGGUCUCAUCUUGCACUACCUGGACCAACUGGAAAACCUCCUGCCUGUAUUGGUUUCGGUCCAAAUCCUCCCGUUCUCCGAGUAUCUUGCUGAUUCGGCCUCCCCGACUGCCAAGUUAGCAACUAUGAUUUGCGGAUUGGAGCAGCUCACCCGAGCGAUCAGAGAAUUGUUGCCGACGCGAAAGUCGUAUCCUCGUCAGCUUUUAGGGAUGAUAUACUGCCUUUGGGCCACUGGGAGCGCCAACCUGGGCGCACUGUUUACUACGGAGGAAAUUUGGGCCAGGGCGUAUUACUCUGAACUGAUUAUCCCAGGCCUCAACGCCGAUAGCAUCCCCGAAAAACUCAUUCGACACACGCUGGAAAGAGUGUUGCUACACCUCGCUGACGCGGAACGUAUCUGCUUCACUAGCCAAACACAAUCCACCGGCGUCGGGAAUCUUUGCUUCUGUAUUCGUCAGCUGCGCCAGACCAUUUCACAUCACUUAUUAUUCCAAACAUUCCACCCCACGUCCACUUCCAUACAGAAGGGAAGUCUGGUGCCCGAAUUUGUCAAACGCGAACCAGGUUUUACAAACAUUGUAUUACUUCGCGAUGCGGUGAGAGUCGACACUCUGGAUCAGGACAAUCUGCAACCUAGCGCUCCGAAAACAUGGAGCAUAUUCCUCGGAGCCGUGUUCAUUAUUCUAGGAUUCAUUUCAUCACAUCACACCUGUUUCAUCUUCAGCUUGUUUUCUGCCCCACCCGAUACAACGCAUGGUUUGAUGCGACAGACCUCAGGCUGGCCUUCGGUACAACUUGUGGCAUCCGCUGGGGUCAUUGGAUGCUUUUGUGAUAGGGAGCGGGCGGGCACAGUGACGAUCGGCACAAUAGCCUGUGCAUUGGGUGUCCUUUUGGUGCUAAUCUCUCCGCAAUCUGCAUCCUCACCGCUCGUCACAUCCAUCGACGCUAUAUCCACCGACUAUCUGAUGCUUCUUUCUGUGGUCCCCCAUUUGCUUGUCUCUUCCCAUGAACAGGGCUUCUGGACAGCGAUCGAAAGUACUGCGGUGCUCUAUGUAGUUGUUCGUCUACUUGCCUUUGCGGUUGACAAGAGUGGUAUGAAGAGGAAGCGUAGAGAUCUGGCUCGAAUUGGCCGGAAGUACAAGAGAAGGAAUGAAGAGCAAGCAGGGCCUUUCGGUGUAAUUUUAAGGUCGUUGCCACACAGGGACAUGCGAGAGAGAUAAACGGAAUAUAAGAGCAUAAAGGUCAUUAUUGUCCCCGUAGUGUGACUAUGGCACUUCAUAUUGCGUAGAUACUAGAUAUGCGUCGGGAUCUGCGUUUUCCGUAGCUGCGAAAACG